AUGACUGAACCACUCACCCUCCAAACCCGCACCGUUUACCGCGCCCUCCUCCGCGAACUCCCACGCCGGCAUCUCUCCACCCCAUCCCCGCUACAUCAACGUCUCCGCCAGCUCUUCCGCGCAGAAACCACAACCCCUUCAACCCCAUCACCACUCCCUCAAUCAACAUCAAUACCAACACAAUCAGCACAAGCAGAACCAACAUCCACGCUCCCCUUCUCAACACCAUCCACAAUAGAAGAACGCGCUCUUCGCAUCCAAGAAGCGGAGCAACUAGCCCAGUACGCUCGCGCACAGCGCGCCUAUGCAGCGCUGCUGGAGCGGUAUAAUCCCGGCAUGGACAUGGAUGAGGAGGAGAGGGUUAGAUUGACGGCUAGGAGGGUGGGCUUUGAUUUGCCGGUGGUGAAGGGGACGCAGGAGUAG